GUGGGGCGGUUAAUGCGCAUUGAGACAAACUCUCAACUACUUACUGAGAGGAUACUCCGCACCGCACACUACAGUAGUAGACUCUGCUCUACAUCCUUCGCUGACACAACAUAGUGCAUGCUCUGUUGCAAAACAUAAUUUAACCAAGACAAUGUGUGUAAUCGCUUUAUGAAAUUGCUCUUCGGGAAAAAGUAACUAAGAAAAGAAAAAAUGAGCAGACAGAUGGGAAAUAGGCUUUAAGGCUGGACUCACCGGAAGAUUAAGUAUUGUCUCAAUCAAGACACCGAAUGCAGUCACUGGAAAUUAAUUUGAACACAAUUCUCUGGUAGAACUGGCAGGUUUUUCCCCAAUAAAAAAUAGGUUUCUGCUUCGGAACAGUGAAACCAGUUGCUACGUCGUCAGCGGUCUGGAACCUGGGCGGACUGCUCUCCUGAAUUGCAUGGAUUCAUGGUCUAUCCCGAAAUAACGAAGCCGAUCACCGCAAUGACAUCUGCACGUGCGUCCUCUUGUCCCAAAACGUUCCAAAGUGGAUUUAAUCUUCAUUCCUCCUAAAUAAAUUUAUCAAACAUGAGAACACCAAGAUCACUCCUGGUCAUUUUCCUCCUACAUCAGGUGUGGUGCAGGAAGGUCCAGCUGCAGUUCCCAGAGACAGAGCUGAUAGAGUGGGAGGAGGGGGAUCAUGAGGAGAAGUUUUCCCCCAGUGGAGCCGGUGCCAGUCCCAGAGUCCUCAACCCCCUGAGGCUGUUCGCUAGGGGGGUUCCUGGAGCUGUCGGGCCACCCAGCCUUAAACACAACCCCAUCAGGGACGUGACAUACCUAGAGAACAUGGAGGACUUCUGGGAAUGGUUAUCCAACCAGACAGAUGUUCAGGCCAGCCAGGUCAGAGCCAAGCGACGACCCAUCGUCAAGACAGGCAAGUUCAAGAAGAUGUUUGGCUGGGGAGACUUCCACUCCAACAUUAAGACCGUCAAGCUUAACCUGCUGAUCACCGGGAAGAUCGUGGACCACGGUAACGGAACGUUCAGUGUCUACUUCCGCCAUAACUCCACCGGCCUGGGGAACGUGUCGGUGAGUCUGGUGCCGCCGUCUAAAGUGGUGGAGUUCGAGAUGGCUCAGCAGUCCACACUGGAGACAAAAGACUCUAAAGCUUUCAACUGUCGUAUCGAGUAUGAGAAGACGGACCGCAACAAGAAGACGGCUCUGUGCAGCUUCGAUUCCUCCAAGGUGUGUUACCAGGAACAGACACAGAGCCACGUCUCCUGGCUCUGCUCCAAGCCAUUUAAAGUAAUCUGCAUCUACAUCGCCUUCUACAGCGUGGACUACAAACUGGUGCAGAAGGUCUGCCCGGACUACAACUACCAUAGUGACACUCCCUACUCCUCCACUGGCUGAAGGUCUGCCGGACUACAACUACCAUAAUGACACUCCCUACUGCUCCACUGGCUGAAGGUCUGCCCGGACUACAAGUACCAUAAUGACACUCCCUACACCUCCACUGGCUGAAGGUCUGCCGGACUACAACUACCAUAAUGACACUCCCUACUGCUCCACUGGCUGAAGGUCUGCCCGGACUACAAGUACCAUAAUGACACUCCCUACACCUCCACUGGCUGAAGGUCUGCCGGACUACAACUACCGUAAUGACACUCCCUACCCCUCCACUGGCUGAAGGUCUGCCGGACUACAACUACCAUAAUGACACUCCCUACUGCUCCACUGGCUGAAGGUCUGCCCGGACUACAACUACCAUAACGACACUCCCUACUCCUCCACUGGCUGAAGGUCAGCCGGACUACAACUACCAUAAUGACACUCCUUACUGCUCCACUGGCUGAAGGUCUGCCGGACUACAACUACCAUAAUGACACUCCCUACACCUCCACUGGCUGAAGGUCUGCCGGACUACAACUACCAUAAUGACACUCCCUACUGCUCCACUGGCUGAUCCAGUCUGUAAGCUGGAUCUCCCUUAGAGUUAGUAUGAUCAC